AUGUUGCGAGCAACGCGUAUAUCCAACAUUCCCUACCCAGUCAACCAUUGCGGAUGUAAAUGGAUUUGCCCGAGAUUCGAAGGUCGUCACGGAGGAAUGCGUGAGCUGUUGAAGUAUGCGUGGCAAGAAGGGCGAGUUAUCAACAGCGAACUGGUUGCCCGUCGAGUGGGGGAUUCAGCAGCAUGUUUAAAGAUGCUGUUUAAUCAUAAUAUUACAUUGGACUUGAUGUGUACAAUGCAGCUACAUUUCAAUGAUCAAAAAGUCGUGUCAAUUUUACCUAAUUUUCUUGUCAGCGGCGAUGGAUUCCACGUGUUGCUAUACUUAUCAUUACAUGAUAAUAAGUACAUUCGUUAUUUCACGGGACAUGCCAAAAAAGUUGUGUCAUUAUGUGUGUCCCCCAUUGAGGACAUGUUUGUUUCUGGAUCAUUGGAUAAAAGUCUCAGAUUAUGGGAUUUGAGGUCGCCAAAUUGUCAAGGUUAUAUCAAUGUUAUGGGAAGACCUGUGGCAGCUUUUGAUCCAGAAGGUUUAGUGUUGGCUGCUGGCAUUAAUUCUGAAACUCUCAAACUGUUUGAUGUCAGGUCAUUUGACAAAGGACCAUUCAUUACUGUGAAGCUUCCUCAGGAGAAAGAAUGUGACUGGACUGAUCUCAAAUUUAGUCAGGAUGGCCGUACAAUACUUAUUCCUACUAAUGGAUCUUUAAUUAGAUUGAUAAAUGCAUUUAAUGGUACACCAAUCCAGACAUUUACUGGUCACUUGAAUAAUAAAGGCAUUCCUAUCGAAGCAUCGUUCAGUCCAGAUUCUCAAUACAUAUUCAGUGGAUCAACCGAUGGUCGUAUUCAUGUAUGGAACGCAGUUACUGGCUAUAAAGUUUGUGUUCUCAAUGGAGAUCAUCCAGGCCCAGUACAUUGUGUUAAAUUUAAUCCUAAAUACAUGAUGAUGGCCUCUGCAUGUACAAAUAUGGCAUUUUGGUUACCUACAGUUGAUGAAGUAGCCAAUUUGGCAUAAGUCAAACAUUCAUUUUACGUGUGUGUAACUUACAUUACCUAAGUACAAUGUACUUACUUAAAGUCAACAACAUAUUUUAAUUAUUGAUUUUCCUAUAAUUUAAGUUAUAGACUAUUAACUUUUAUUCAAUUAUUUUGAAAAAAUAAAUGUUUUUAUUUUUUA